AUGAAGUUGAACAAGCUCUUUUUCGUACAAAUUUUUGGUGAAUUCUGUGCCGCUUCGAUGUGGAUGCAGUUACAUUGUUAUGGCAGUGAUCCGUUAGUUGCACAUGGUGGUGUACUGUCUUAUGGGCUCUGUGACGGCUGCGCGCUUAUGAUAAUUAUACAGACAUUCGGUUGUGUAUCGGGCGCCUACUUCAAUCCCUGUUUAACCAUUGCCGCUGUCAUUAUGGGACAACUGAAGUGGGAUUUGGCCAUAAUCUAUGUGAUUAUGCAAUACUUGGGUACGAUGCUUGGCUUGGUACUGGCCUUUUACACAACACCGGCGAUGACGAGAUCAGAUCUUUAUUGUGUAAGCGAUUUGGCACCACAGACCACUAUAAUGGGGGGUUGCUUUUUGGAAUUUCUUAUGACUUCGGCGUGGGUGUUGGCACAGUGCACCUGCUGGGAUAAGCGCGCUCAAGGCAUCCAAGAAUCGAUUUCGUUGCGUAUGGGUUUCGUAAUGGUUUCACUAGUACUUUGUGCGGGUUACAUGACCGGUUUAAGCAUGAACCCAGCCAAGAGUUUAGCCGGCGCUCUAUUCAACUGGUAUUGGACGAAUAAUUGGAUUUAUCACGUUGCACCACUUCUGGCCGCCAUUCUCAUGCCACUCGUGCACAGAUUUCUACUUAAUGAAGGUUCGAAAUCUGCCGAGGAGUAAAACUGUAGCUUCUAAAAAUACUUAAAUUAUCGCCGUAUGAACUCAACAUAUUUUUACAGACUAUCAGUGGGAAAUUCAUCAGUUUAUUUUUAUAAUUUUACUUUGUGACUGUCAACAAUAUUUGAACGGUCACAUAUAUAUUGGCAUAUAUUUAUAUAA